AUGGCGUCAAAGAUCAUCGGCCUCACAGUUCUCACCAACCCUCGCACUCCAGUGGCAAACCCUCAUGUUGUGUUCUUCGACGCAAACUUCUGGUUAGCUGAUGGCAUUCAACUGCUUGGAUGCCUCCGAUACUAUAACCGUUCAUGCAUCACAUUUGAUGAUGUUGAACCCAUACCCUGUGUUAUUGAUGCAUCUAUUGCAGCAAUGACUUCUCAGGCGAACAUUGAUGCCCCUGAGCUUCCAGAUAGCGAGAAGAAGGAGUAUCAAAUCGUUGGAGACAUCACAUGGAUGAUUCCUGUCGGAGAGAUUGCGCCUGAAGCACUUCGGUGCCCUCCAUACUUGUAUCUAGGUGGUGUAGUAAAGGCCUCGCAGAAAGACACCGGCACCGACACUGCCAGAUUCGACAUUGUUUGUAGCCAAUGGCUAAACGCUUACCGCCACGACCAACGCCUUUCCAAGCUUCCAGUCCGCAUCUUCAUCAGCAAAACUCACCGCUGCCCCGAUCCGAAAAAGAUCUGCCCUGCCGAUGACACUUGGGUCUCCGUACAGGCAGGGCGGCUCUCUAAGUUUAUUCUCAAUGAUGCUGGGUGGCUCACGCAACUCGAUGUUGACAUGGGUGCGGAUGGAACAAUAGCAUUCAUGGGUAAAUGGACCCCUCCGUUUACCCCCAUAAAGACACCAGGAAAUGCGCUGUCGGCAGGUAAUAAUGGGAAGAGGCGCAAAUUCAGCUAUGGGUCCCUUGCAGAAAGGGGAAGUCCUCUCCCUCGAAACCCGGCCAAGCGCAGUCGUAUCGAGAACUUGGCGCUCGCUUCCAGUGAGAGCUCAAUCGCAUCUCUUGAGGACACACCUUCGAUGUCAUCUGUCUGCCCGGAGCCAGCAGCUUGA